AUGGACACGGUAGUUGCUGGCGCUGCCGCAGCGUUUACAGUCGACCUCCUGAUCUACCCCCUCGAUACGCUCAAGACUCGACUGCAAGCGCCAGACUAUACCACCCGGUUCCCAUCAGGCAGGGGCCUCUAUGGAGGACUUUAUCAAGGUGUCGGAAGCGUCAUCAUUGCGACCCUCCCCGCAGCGGGACUGUUCUUUACGACAUAUGAAGAGACCAAGAGCUUGUUAGCUUCUUCCAGUUCGCCGCUUGCAAAUGCGCCGCCAGCUUUAUCGCAUACGCUAGCUAGCUCUGCAGCAGAGCUUGUAUCAUGUAUCAUCCUAACACCUGCAGAGAUCAUCAAGCAGCGAGCGCAGGUCGUCAACAAGCGACAGAAUCGAUCCCAACCUUCAGGAAGUGGAAGCAACGGUUCAGCGUCAUGUCCUGCAACAACGGCAGCAAGUGCAGCUAAGGAGGUCAUUAGGAAUGCAGAGCCAGGAGGGUCAAAAGCGAAACUCGCGAACGAGACGGUCAAGCAUGCGGCGGAUAUAGUGACAAAGCAAGCUCCACCAGGAAGCGCCGCCUCGACAGCCAGGAACGUCGUCCUGGACGCACAGGAAAAGCUCCAGCAAGUGAGCAAGGGUAAAGCUACCGCAUCUCGCUCAGCAAUAGCGCCCCUCGCCUCGACGAUCGGCCGCUCCUACCUCGCACUAGCAGGCCGCAACCUUCCCUUCACAGCACUGCAAUUCCCCAUCUACGAAUCGCUCCGAGAAAGAUUUGGCAAAUGGGCAGGUCUCAAAGCAGGAACACACAAAGAAGACGGCGGUGUUGACGACGUGCGUUCUUCCGAAGAUUUCAGACGCAAAGCAGCGAGAGAUGAGACAAAUGUCGCCACAGAGUUCACAAAGGCAGGUCUUGUUGCAGGAGGAUCAGCGGCGCUAGCAGGUUCAUUCGCUGCUGUGGUAACAACGCCAAUUGAUGUCGCGAAGACAAGGAUUAUGCUGGACACGGGAGCCGAAGGUGUCAAGGGAGUGGUGGCUACAAUGAAGGACAUUGCGGUCAAGGAAGGAUGGAAGGCAUUGAUGAAGGGCGGAGCGCUCAGGGGAGCUUGGACAGCAUUAGGGGCUGGUGUAUAUCUUGGCAGCUACGAGGCUGGGAGGUUGUGGUGGAGAGACCGACAACAGAGGACGAAGAACAAGUGA